UUCUACUCAGGUAAGUUUUGUGUUGAGAUGCAGAAGCAGAGUCUAAGCAUCAGAUGCGCACGUGUCGGAGGCGUGGAGAUUCCGAGCAACAAGAGGAUCGAAUACUCUCUUCAGUACAUUCAUGGGAUUGGCAGAACUAGAGCUCGACAGAUCCUCGUUGAUCUUCAGAUGGAGAACAAGAUCACCAAAGACAUGGCGGAGGAAGAGCUCAUCGUUCUUCGUGAUGAAGUCUCCAAGUACAUGAUCGAGGGUGAUCUGAGGAGAUUUAAUGCGCUUGCUAUCAAGAGGUUGAAGGAGAUUCAGUGUUACCGUGGAGUAAGGCACAUCCAAGGGUUGCCAUGUAGGGGACAGAGAACUAAGAACAACUGCAGGACUCUUAAAGGUAAGAAGAUUGCAAUUGCUGGCAAGAAGAAGGUUUCCAAGUAACCAACCAACCAACCCGUCUUCUUGUUCUGUACUACUCUUUUUAUAGUUUGUCUAGUUUCUCUGUUUUUAAAAUGUGGUUUUGUAAUCUCUCUGGGACUUGGUUUGAAUUGAGCCUUUUCCAGAUUAUAUCUUUGUUAUUACUAUUGUUCAUAUCUUUCAUCA